AUUUAAACUCAGGAUCGUGUCCAUUAGUUUAUUUUAGUACGAAAACAUGGAACUCUUCGGAACAGUAAUUUUAGCAGCCAUCUUACUGGGUCUGCUGUUUUUGUCUUUGUUUAAGAGAGACUCGAUUCGUUACACGAAGAUGCCGCCAGGUCCGACUCCCUUGCCAGUAAUAGGAAACCUGCUGCAGGUGGACGGUGGGAGACCGCAUCUGAGCUUCUUAAAGAUGAGUGAAACCUACGGUCCCGUGAUGACGGUUCACUUUGGUCCGAAGCCCGUGGUGGUUCUGGUUGGAUUCAAGGCGGUCCAUGAAGCGCUCGUGAAACAAGCUGACGCAUUCUCUGGCAGAGCGGAGAUCCCAGUAUUUAUGAAGGUCAACGAGGGAUACGGGCUAGCUUUCACUAAUGGGGAGCGCUGGAAGCAGCUCCGUCGUUUCUCUCUCUCCACAUUCAGGGAUUUUGGGAUGGGGAAGAGGAGCAUUGAGGAGUGGAUCCAAGAAGAAGCUCGGUAUCUUGUAGAGGAAGUUCGAAAAAGCAUAGGACACCCCUUUGAUCCCACUUUCUUCAUAAGUUGUGCUGUGUCUAACGUCAUCAGCUGCAUCAUAUUUGGGCAGAGAUUUGAAUACGACGAUGACAACUUUCUUCAUCUGCUGUCCCUACUCAAUACAUAUGUGCAACUAUUAUCAAGCCCUUUCACUCAGCUAUACAACAUUUUCCCAAGCUUCCUAAAAGUCAUGCCAGGAGUUUACAAUAAGAUUUUGAAUAAUGCAAAGCAGCUGAAGCAGUUUUUCUCAGAGCAAAUUGUGAAGCACAGAGAGACACUGAUAGCUGACAGCCCUCGAGAUUACAUCGACAACUUUCUUAUCAGAAUGAAGCAGGAAAGUGCAAAUCCUUCAACAGAGUUUAAUAUAAACAACUUGUUGGUGAAUGUUGGCAAUAUCUUUACUGCUGGAACUGAGACGACCAGCACCACUCUACGUUAUGGACUUCUAAUCCUCACCAAAUAUCCUCAUUAUCAGGAAAAGAUUCAUCAGGAGAUUGACUCUGUAAUCGGCAGGGAACGCCCUCCUUUUGUCGAAGAUCGUAAAAAUAUGCCUUUCACAGAAGCCAUGAUACAUGAAAUCCAGAGGUUUAUUGAUCUCCUCCCCUUGAGUUUACCACAUGCAACCACACAAGAUAUCAGCUUCAGAGGAUACAAUAUCCCAGCGAAGACAGUGGUGUUCCCUGUGCUCCAUUCAGUGCUGUUUGAUAAGACACACUGGGAAUCUCCUUACACCUUUAAUCCAAGACAUUUCUUAGAUGAGAAUGAUCAGUUUAAAGUAAACCCAGCCUUUAUGCCUUUCUCAGCAGGAAAAAGAAUUUGUGUUGGUGAGGGUCUGGCCUGCAUGGAGCUCUUCUUGUUUUUUGUGACCCUCCUACAGAAUUUCUCUUUUUCAUUGUCAGAGGAUCCUGAAAAGAUCGACCUCAACCCAAAUGCCAGCUCACUUCUACAUGUUCCUCAAGCAUACAAACUCAGUGCCCAUGAACGUUAGGAAGAAAAAGGCAUUAAAAUUUAAACAUUUAUGAAUGAAGUGAAUAAAUUAACCAAGCUAACUAAAAUAUUCUAAAUAACCUGAGUGAUUAUAUUUGUCAGAUAGCUUAAAAAGUACAUAGAGGAUCAUCUUGGGUACUGUCUAAUUAAUGUGAUUGCGGAUUUUCCCUUGGGGUUAAUUAAAAAACCUCCGUAUUUAUCCUUAUUUUACAUGAUCUUUUUAUUUAUCUAUUUUUAUAAAGGGCCUUUCCAUUCUCUUUCUUUCUACAUUUUUAAUUUGAAUAAAAAAACAUAGUUUGUUUCAUGUAACCUA